AUGUGGGGAGUGCUGGGGAGGUUGUUUGUGGCGCAAGCCCCGGCCUGGGGGAUCGUGCUUCACACCGUGUCCGCGGCUGCAGGAGUCUUCACCACAGCCCACGUUACCAUGGCCACCCACUUCUCCAAGGAUCAGGAGGAGAGAAUCAAGUGUGUUAAGGGGGACCUUUUCUCAUGCCCCCAGACGGACUCAUUGGCUCAUUGCAUCAGCGAGGACUGUCGCAUGGGUGCAGGCAUAGCUGUUCUUUUUAAGAAAAAGUUUGGAGGCGUACAAGAGCUGUUGGAUCAACAAAAGAAGACUGGGGAGGUGGCGGUUCUCCAAAGAGAUGACCGAUACAUUUACUACCUGAUUACAAAGAAGAAAGUUUCUCACAAACCGACGUACGAGAAUAUGCGAAAGAGUUUAGAAGCCAUGAAAGCUCACUGUCUAAACAAUGGAGUUACUGACAUUUCCAUGCCUAGGAUUGGAUGUGGACUUGACCGCCUGGAUUGGAAUAAAGUUUCAGCAAUACUUGGGGAAGUGUUUGAAGACACAGAUAUAAAGAUUACGGUUUACACUCUGUGAGCAAAAGAGUUUAAAGAGAGCCCCAUUUCCCUUGCUUUCAGGAGUGGAAACCUCUUAACUGAUGAGGGGGGAACUGCAUGCUGAGCACAUUACUCGUCUGAGCGUAGCUCACUCUUGUGUUGUCAGUGGCAGUGGCUUUUAACAACAACAUCAAAAAAAAAAGCUCCAGAGCAGA